CAGAAGAGAGAAACAACAAAAUCAGGAGUGGUCGUUUCGAAGACGCAACCCAUCGACUCAUCUUCCUCAGACGAGUAAUCAAAAUCAAAAUCAAAAUCAAAAGCUUCACUUUCGUUCGACCCCUCUCUCUCUCCUCUCUCGAAUCCUUUCUCUCUGAAAAUCAGUCUCCUUCCCCUUCCUCGCAAGCCCCAACACUUAAAAGGCUAUCGACUCCUGCGUCCUCCGAUUUCAAUUUAUUCUCCGAAUCAUAGUUGAAAUUCAGCUUUACCCUGUUGCUGGUGUUCCUCCGACGCCACAAAACUCGAUCUUUUCUCUACAUUUGUGUUGAUUUCCUGAUAGCCCUAUGAAUCGAUUUAGGGUUUCGAGUGCGCUGACUUGGGUUUGAUUGGAUGAAGAAAGAGGGGCAUGGGACUAGAGUCAAUUGGGUGUCUCCGUUGAUCAUCACAGACUCCUGAUUUCUCAAGCUUCUUAGGGUCAGAGAGAGAGAGAGAUAGAAUUAGGUGAUUAAAAUUUAAUCUCAAGUUGCGUGUAUGAGAGAGAGAGAGUUUGGUGUGGUCAAUUGAGAGGUUUGGGUGUUUUUAACUUGUUUCGUUCCGAUCAUGGUCGACAUUGAUUCCGGCGAUGGUGGUCGUGAGAAGGGCUCUAGAGGUGCAUCAACACCGUGGGAGCCAAUUCAGAUGGUUUUCAAGCGUUAUUUUCCGGAGAAAGUGUCCGAUAUCAAAGCUCAAGCAUUGCGUGCUGCUUCGAAGAAGAAGCCGGUAGUGGUGAGACUAACUAGGGGCUUGGUUGAGACAUACAAAAUAUGUAACCCACAGUUCAAAUAUAGAGGCGAGUUGAAUCCCAAGCGGUACUUGACUACUCCAUCAGUUGGUGUGCUCAAUGAUGGCUUUGAUAAUGUCAACUCCGAUCUAAUUCUGGCUGUAAAUGAUGAUUUUUGCAGUUCAGAUUCACGGCAGAGAUACAUUGUCAAAGAUCUUCUUGGCCAUGGGACUUUUGGUCAGGUUGCUAAAUGCUGGGUUCCUGAGACAAACAGCUUUGUUGCUGUAAAAGUAAUCAAAAACCAGCCGGCAUACUAUCAGCAGGCGCUGGUUGAAGUAUCUAUAUUGACAACGCUAAACAAGAAGUAUGAUCCAGAGGAUAAGCACCACAUUGUUCGCAUAUACGACUACUUCUUACACCAACGUCAUUUGUGCAUAUGCUUUGAACUUCUCGACAUGAAUCUGUAUGAGCUCAUAAAGAUAAAUCAAUUCAGAGGCCUUUCAUUAAGCAUUGUCCAGCUCUUCUCAAAGCAGAUCUUACUUGGUUUGGCUCUUUUGAAAGAUGCGGGCAUAAUCCACUGUGAUCUGAAGCCAGAGAAUAUUCUUCUGUGUACCAGUGUGAAGCCAACUGAAAUUAAGAUAAUUGACUUUGGAUCAGCGUGCAUGGAAGAUAGGACUGUUUAUUCCUAUAUUCAGAGUCGUUACUACAGAUCGCCGGAAGUGUUACUUGGGUACCAAUACACUACAGCUAUUGACAUGUGGUCUUUUGGCUGCAUUGUUGCCGAGCUGUUUCUUGGAUUGCCACUAUUUCCAGGAGUUUCAGAAUUUGACAUCUUGAGGCGUAUGAUUGAAAUACUGGGCAAACAGCCACCUGAUUAUCUGCUCAAGGAAGCAAAGCAUACAAAUAAGUUCUUUAAAUGUGUUGGGAGUGUCCACAAUUUAGGGAAUGGUGGAAACUAUGGUGGCCUCAAAAGUGCUUAUAUGGCAUUGACGGAAGAAGAGUUUGAAGCUAGGGAAAAGAAAAAGCCAGAUAUUGGCAAAGAGUACUUCCGCCAUAAAAACCUUGAGGAAAUUGUUAAAGGCUAUCCUUACAAGAUAAACUUGCCUGAAGAUGAUGUAGCCAAAGAGACUCAAAUCCGGUUAGCUCUUAUUGAUUUUUUGAGAGGACUUGUUGAAUUUGAUCCAGCAAAACGUUGGUCACCUUUUCAGGCAGCAAAGCACCCUUUUAUCACUGGGGAACCUUUUACGUGCCCAUACAACCCUCCGCCAGAAACACCUCAUGUGAAUGUUGCUCAAAAUAUCAAAGUGGACCAUCAUCCAGGUGGAGGGCACUGGUUUGCCGCUGGUCUCUCUCCUCAUGUAUCUGGGAGAACCAGAAUCCCGAUGCACAAUAGUCCGCAUUUUCAGAUGAUACCUUAUUCACAUGCAAAUAGUUAUGGGAGUAUCGGAAGCUAUGGUAGCUACAAUGAUGGUACUCUACAGGGAAACAGCUACGGGAGCUAUGGAGAGACCGGCAAUAUGUUUGCCUAUUAUUCUCCUGUGAAUCAUUCUGGCCAAUAUAUGCCAAACAAAGGUGGUGUCCCAAUGCUUGGAACCAGUCCUGAUGCCAGACGUAGGGUUAUGCAGUACCCACAUGGAGGUAGCCUUGGUACAAGUCCAUCUGCUGGGAAUUUUGCACCACUACCCCUCGGUACUAGUCCGUCGCAGUUUACUCCACCGAAUACAAGCAAUCAAUUUUUAGCUGGCUCUCCUGGACACCAUGGCCCGACAUCUCCAGUAAGAAACAGUAGUCAUGGGUCUCCGUUGGGAAAAAUGGCUGCAUUUAGUCAGUUUAACAGAAGAAAAAGCGUUGGAUAUUCUGGAGGUUCUCAGUCGCAGGAUUCUUCCUUGUCACAAGCGCAAGGGCAUGGGAUGGAUAAUUUUUAUCAAAAUGAUGGGUACUCUGGUCAAUUCUCUGGUUCACCUUCACAACGGCAAUUGGAUUCUGGUUUCCAAAACCGUAAGCAGACACAAGGAUGCACUUCAUUAAGUACUGGAUACCCUUCUCAUAAUAUUUCCAACUCAACACUUCGGUCUAAUAUGUAUAACCCUUCCAGUACUGGACCCCAUCUUGAGAAUCCGGAUACUGCCUCCCUAUCUGUGCCUGAUCCAGGAGAUUGGGACCCAAAUUACAGCGAUGACUUGCUUCUACAAGAAGAUAGCGCAGAUGAGAGUGUUGUUGCUAAUGCAUUCAGCAGAGGUAUGCAACUUGGUUCAACAGAUGCCUCCAGUUCCAGAAGGUUCAACAGUAAUUCCUCGACCCCGUCCUCAAAUCCGACAACCCAAAGGAGAUAUGCUCCGAAUCAACCCUUUUCGCAAGUAGAGAUUGGCAGCCCUCCAAGUAAUGAUCCUCAUGCCAGAUUCGGUCAACUUAUGCCAGGAUCACAAUUUACUCCUCAUGUCUCCCAGAACUCUCCAAGUCGCUUAGGGCAGCAACUUCCUCAACGGUACAACCACGGGAGACCAAAUGCUGGAAGAGCUAUGGAUCGGAAUCACAUCAACGCUCAGCUUCCUCCUUCCAACACUAAUUCUGGGGGUCAACGUUCACCGAGAAGUAGCUCAUUCACCAAUGGUGUCCCUUGGGGACGUAGGACUAACCAUCAUGUCCCGAACGUUCCAUCGACGUCUCAUGGAAGGAUGGACUACGGAAGUAUUGCCUAAUUCCGCGGUCUUAACUCUCAUUUAUUUUGUUCUUUCCCUUAGUGUGAAAUCUUCUUUUUGGAAGUUUGGGAACAAAGUUGUACCGAGACAAGAAUCCAAAACUAGUUCAUGGCUUGUGGGCUUUUGAUGAAAAAAAUGCUUAUUCAUUGUGCUCUUUGCACAACAAAAAAGAAGAAAAAAGUAUGUUAUUGAUAUU